AUAAAAUGAUUAGUCCAUUCACACCUUUUCUAUCGUAGCAUUAAGCAGUUUCCCACCGACACCCGUUUUCCCCGCUAGACCUGCCCGGUGGCUCUGGCCCCACCCUGUUCACCUCUCCCUGCUCUCACCUGACAGAGAAACAGCAUUUUCCUCCUGUGAGUCCCCAGCAGAAGCUUCCUCUGGAUCUUUCUCUUCCACUGCUGUGCUUCUUAUUUUUGGAUUCCUGUUUACUAUCUCUCUCCGCCUUUGAUUUCCGCUUGCUGUUGUGUCUGAAAGUGCCGCCAUGAGUUCUAAGAUGUGGACAGAGGAGCAGUUCAACUGCCCUGUGUGUUUGGAUCUCCCCAAUGAUCCAGUCACCAUCCCCUGUGGGCACAGCUACUGCAUGGCUUGCAUCAAGGAUUACUGGAGCAAGGACGACCCAAAAGGGAACUACAGCUGCCCCCAAUGCCGCAAAACCUUCAGCCCCAAGCCCUCCCUGUCCAGGAACACCAUGCUGGCUGAGGCUGUGGAGCAGCUCCGCAAAGGGGCCCUCAAAAGUGAAGUGCGGGAGUCAAUGCGAAUUGCCCGUGGGGUCGCUUCUUCAUCUAAACCAAAACCCAAGCUCGCCUCCUCCGCAGUCCUGUGUGACAUUUGCAAAGGGGAAGAGCGAGCGGCGGUCAAGAGCUGCCUUGUGUGCAUGAGCUCCUUCUGCCAAGCCCACCUGAAGCCCCACCAGACCAAGAAGAGCCUGAAGCAGCACGAGCUCAUCGGACCCACCAGUAACCUAGCUGAGAAGAUCUGCACCCAGCACAAGUACUUGCAGGAGUUCUACUGUCGUCAGUGUAAGAUAUUUGUCUGCUGGCUGUGUACCAGCGACAUACACAAAGGCCACGAGUGUGUGUCCACCAAGGCUGAACGCUUGGAGAAGCAGAAAGCGCUGUCCGACAUGCUCUCAGAAAAUCAACAGAGGCUGAAAGAAAGAGAGCAAGAGUUUAAAGACCUGAAGAAGGUGAUGGACGUGAUGAAGAGUUCUACACUAAGGGUGCAUGGUGACAUGGAGCAGGCUCUGUCCGAGCUGCAGCACUCAGUGGAGCGUCUGCAGGAGCUGCUGGAAGAGGUGCUGGAUCAGGCGGGCCAGGAGAAGAUGGGCCAGGCUCAGGAGGUUUACGACAGCCUGGAGGCUGAGAUCAAGGAGCUGAGGAGGAGGGACACGGAGAUGAAGGACCUGGCCCGCUGCGAGGACCACAUCCAUUAUUUGCAGACUUGUGAUUCCAUGUGCAGUCCCCUGGAGUCGGGAGACCUGCCCGCCGUGGUGGUCAAUCCAGACGCUUCCUUUGAGCCUGUCCGAGACGCCAUCUUGGACCUCAGGGAGAAAAUCGAGGACAUGUGCAACAAUGAACUGGGCAAGAUCACCAAACAAGUCAAUGACACAACACUGUUCACUUUGGGUGACUCCAACCGGUCAGGACACAAAGGAGGGAUUUUUAAAUUGUUUUCAGGCCUGGGAUCUCGCAGCACAAACAGCCGUUCUUCAGCUGCCAUACCCAGUAUCUCAGUUGGAGCAAGAAGCACGGACAGACGAGGACUUGGUAUAGGCCACAAAAGUGCGGACGUGAGGAGUAGAGACUCACCAAGAGAUAGAGGAAAUACAAACUCGCCUAGACUUCGAGACAGACUAAGAACAGAGGAAAGAGAUACUGCAAGGGAGAGCAACCACAGACCCAGCCCCAGACCUAGUCCCAGACCCAGCCCCACUCCCAGCCGCAGAGAGUCUCAGUCCCUCUGGAGCAGGUCCAGUCAGAGCCAGGCUGCCUCUCAAGCACCAACUCCAACUCCAAUCCCCGUCAACCCGACUCCAGCUCCAGCAGCUGCACCAGCAUCAACUGGCGGAUCGGGUUUCAGUCGGAUGGCAUCCAUUAGCAGUCUCUUCCGCUCUCAUCGGCGUGGCACCAACCCGGCUACACCUGUCAAUAACCCACCAUCUGUUGGAGGAAACCAAUGGGGGAUGUCUUCUCUGCCGGAGACACCGACAGUUGUUAACCCCAGUCUUUUCUUGGACUCACCUAGUCCUACCACCAUGAUCCAAUCUCCUGUGUUCCCUGCAUUAAGGGAACUCAGCAUUACCAGCAUCCAGGCCCCAGAGCCGAGGGCCAGAGAGGAGUUUCUACAGUACUCUGUGACCUUGACCCUUGACCCCAACACAGCCCACAGACGUCUGGUUCUCACUGAAGGCGACACCAAAGCCACUCUUCAAGGGGCGGCGCAACCUUACCUCGACACCCCACAGCGUUUCGACGGCUGGACCCAGGUGAUGUGCCCGAGCCCACUGUACAACGAGCGCUGUUACUGGGAGGUGGAGUGGAGAGGGCGGGGCUCUUCCAUAGGCGUAGCAUACGGGGCGUUGAGCAGGAAGGGCUCAGAUGCGAGAUCCGGGCUGGGUUACAACGCCCAGUCCUGGACCCUGGAGCUGUCGGACACCUGCUGCUCGGCCAUGCACGACAACGAGAAGAAGGACAUACCGGUCACCUACUCCCCCCGCCUGGGUGUCUACCUGGACCUGUCUGCGGGGACGCUGGCGUUCUACAGCGUGGCGGAAAACUUGACACACCUCCACACAUUCCGCGCUAACUUCACCCAGCCGCUUUAUGCUGCAUUCGGGGUCGGCAGCGGAGUUGGUGUCGGUCUGGAUUUUGCCCUCGGCCAGUUCAGCUCCAGCUCUGACAGCAUCAAGAUCUGUCCAAUGUGAGGGUUCGAGUCAUCUUCUACGAGUCAUCAAAAUAACGCAGCAACAUGAAAGUGCACAAGAUGAUCAAACUCAUUGGAAGCACAAUGACUGAAUGUUUUGGAUCAGUUUGCACCUGAUCUCUCUUUUUUCACAUUUUAAAAGCACUUAGUGAAAUGAGUUUCUAUUCCAUAAAAAAGCAAACAUUGCAUUGUUUACAGCUAUGCUAGCAGCUCAUGGAAAUGUCAAGUCUGUUAGUGGGUUGACAACUCUUGUCCAGAUUAAAUUCAAAUAAAAGGAAAUAUUGGGACA